AAUCAUAUCAAGCGCGUACGGGUAUGGAGAACUGUUAAAGGGCAUAAAGCUCCUUUAUCAAGUUCCAUACUUCACGCAAGCCAUCAUUGUUGUCCAUCGUUAUUACGCACGUUAAUUUUUAAAUUCUUGCGGGUCUCACGUAAAAAUCGCAGAGUUCGCAUUCCAAAGUAGUUGUUGGCAAAGGAGGUGCAAUUCAUUCACGCGACGCGUGGACAGCCUUUGAUUUCCUCAUACACAAGCUUGGAAUCCAGUGAAAAAGUGACUUUAAUUUUCCGUGUUCUACAGGCUGAACGCAACCAUAAUUGUAGUCCAAUAAUCCGACAGAGCACUGCAAGUCAGUACAGGAUUUUUCUUUGAUCCAGGCAUGGUAAGCGCUACAAAUUUGGAGUAUUGGCUGCAUUGGCAGGCUCUUUUCUGUGAAUUUGUAGUAUUGUUAACGGUUGCAGCAGCCGCACUUGUUGUAUUUAAGUACAGAAGGGUGUGGAAGUGGUGGGGUGAAGCUGGCGUAGAGGAGACGAAUGUGUAUGAUGAGGAUCUCUGGAGGCCUUGUUUCAAUACGAUUAAGCCCGCAGGGUUUCUUGCUUUCAGAGCAAUUGCAUUCUUUUUGAUGGUGGGGAUACUAUCAAGCGAUGCCAUUUUGUCUGGGGUUUUCAUUUUUUACUUUUAUACACAAUGGACUUUUACUUUAGUCAUUAUCUACUUUGGGCUGGCAACUUUAAUUUCUGCAAAGGGAUGCAGACAAUUAGCCAAAAAUGAUUCCAUUAGAAAUCAAGAUGUGAGGGCCAACUUCUUGAAGACAGAUCUAGAACAGGAAGCACAUGUAACAGAAAGUCCUGGAAAAAAUUUAGAUGGAGAUUCGGUUAAAUUACAAAGCCAUCAAGAGCGGGAAGAACAAAAAAAGAGAGCUGGAUUUUGGGGCUAUGCCAUGCAAAUUAUAUUCCAGACUUGUGCAGGGGCUGUGAUGAUGACAGACAUUGUUUUCUGGUUCAUAAUUGUUCCCUUUCUAACAAAUGAACAUUUCAGAUUGAAUCCGUUGAUGGGAAGUAUGCAUUCAGUUAAUGCUUUGUUUCUUGUCAUUGAUGCUGCUCUCAACAGUAUGAGCUUCCCUUGGUUUCGAGGUGCAUAUUUUGUGCUAUGGACUGCACUUUAUGUUGUUUUCCAAUGGAUUCUGCAUGCUUGUGGUCUGACAUGGUGGCCAUAUCCAUUUCUUGAGCUCUCGACACCAUGGGCUCCAUUAUGGUACUUUGGCUUGGCUAUUGUGUGCCUCGUAUGCUAUACAAUAUUUACUUUUCUCAUAAAGGCCAAAGAGAAGAACUUUCCAAAAUGGUUUCCGUAUGCCUAUCAACGCUUGCACUAGUAAUUUAUUGAAAAUUUCUCCAUAAGAUAAAGAAAUUAACAUUUAAAAAUGUCACCUUGCAUGGUUUCACCUUUUCCUUAUUAUAGUUACACAUGUCAUUGACCGAGGCUAUUAAAUCAAGCUUGGGCACGUUUCGAGCCAAGUGUUUUGUAAAUCCUUGUAACAAAAUAUAAGUGAAUUGAAUUAAUAGAAGAUUAUUUUGAGUUUGGGGUUCGUAUCCAUCAAGUCAAUACAAUAUUCAUAUAUGGAAGGAUUUUUGCCAUUAUUCUAUACAAUAUGUUCAAUUAAUUUCUA